GUGAUUGUUCAUGUUUGUUCGCGAUUGUUUGCGUUAGUUUGUGAUUGUUCGCGUUCGUGUAUAUUCGUGAUUGUUCAUGUUUGUUCGCGAUUGUUCGCGUUAGUUUGUGAUUGUUCGUGUUCGUGUAUAUUUGUGAUUAUUCGUGUUUUUUCGCGAUUGUUCGCGUUAGUUUGUGAUUUCGUGAUUGUUCAUGUUUGUUCGCGAUUGUUCGCGUUACUUUGUGAUUGUUCGUGUUCGUAUAUAUUCGUAAUUGUUCAUGUUUGUUUGCGAUUGUUCGCGUUAGUUUGUGAUUGUUCGUGUUCGUGUAUAUUUGUGAUUAUUCAUGUUUGUUCGCGAUUGUUCGCGUUAGUUUGUGAUUGUUCGUGUAUUUUACUUAUAAAAAUCUAUGUGUAUGUUUGUUUGCAUGCGUAUGUAUGUAUGUACGUCUGUUUGUUUGUAUAUAUGUGUGUAUGUCUGUUUGCAUAUAUGUAUGUAUGUUUUCAUGUACUUUUACAAAUAUGUAUGUUUUCAUGUAACAUUUUAUGUAUGUAUAUCUGA